GCGCUCGGGGCUGUCCGAGGGUGGGGUGUGCGGGACGGGACGCCAGGGCCAGAGGAGGCCGCUCCGUGGCCAGCGCUCCUGGGUCUGCUGCGCUCUGCCCUCGAGAUGCGUUCCUUGGCCGCUGUCAGCACCUUUAGAGAGAGCCAGCCUUCCAGGCACGACUGGGUUAGCGUGGGGUUUUCCUUGUGUGUUUGCGUGUCACAGUCACCACUUCUCUGAGUGACCGCGGAGGCGAGGGCACCCGGCUAAGGGGCAGCAAGGCUGGACCAGAAGUAAAUGCAGUAAAUGGCAGAGGGACUGUGAGGUUGUGUUUACCGCACCCCGUGAGAGACGGGGGAGAAACCAGAGGAAGGACAAGCCUUGUGAAAACGCAGGCUGAACUCUGGGCUCGGCCAGCAUCCUGCUGAGAACUCUGGAAGGGCUUUUUCCCAGACUUCAAACUCCAGUUCCAACAGUAAGAACUUUUUCCAUGUCCCUGUCGUCGCAUCGAGCGGCUGGUCCUGUAUGGAACCUCGGUCGACUCAAUCAUGUCGCAGUAGCAGUGCCAGACUUGGAAAAGGCCAAGGCAUUUUAUAAGAAUGUUCUCGGGGCCCAGGUGGGUGAGACGGUCCCUCUUCCUGAGCAUGGAGUAUCCGUUGUUUUUGUCAACCUGGGAAAUACCAAGAUGGAGCUGCUUCAUCCGCUGGGAAAUGACAGUCCAAUUGCAGGUUUUCUGCAGAAAAACAAGGCUGGAGGAAUGCAUCACAUCUGCAUUGAGUUAUUCCCUCCUCCACUUGGAAUAAGAGACUCUGAGAACCGGAUGGGACCACAGCCACCUGGAGAACAUUCAUAUUACACAAAUCGAGGGCUUAUCUUGUUAAUCACUGAUGCUGUACCUGCUCCUCAGCAGGAAGCUGUCCUAAGCCAUCCCUUGCCGAGGGGGUUCAGAUCCCUUCCAAAUGCUCUCCUUGACACCCACGGUGAGCUUUCAAGACAGGUCCAGACAGCCCUCCUGGCUCCACUGUGAUGGAGUUCCACAGUGGGCUCUGCCCCCUGCCUGCCCACCGGUUCCCAAACACACCCUCUCUGGCCGUGCCCAAAGCAGACCCCUCUGGAACUCUCAGGUUGGGUCCUGCAGUCCUGCCUAGAUGCCCCCUUCCCCUGGGGAAUUGUUAUGUCCCCAGCCCCUCUGUGCUCCUGCCCCUCCAGGCUUUGAUCUUGUUCAUCCGGGUCCCCACGAGUCUGCCUUCAUGUUGUGUCUUGGAGAACAGCAUUUGGAGUCUUGGCCCGUCCCUCCCAAGAAGUCUGACCUCCGUGUGAAGAACGACCCACCUCCAACACCCUCCCCACUUGACCCAAGUUACAUAAUAAGGAGUGUCGAGGAGUAGCCUCACACCUGUCACAAUCUGCCCACACUCUGUCCCCCACUCACAUUGGUGGUGAUGCCACGUCCCACUCCUUGUCAUCAGACUCGCUCAAGGUACUGUCCUAUGACGUCAACCCAGCUGUCUUCACUAUGUCAUCUACUUACCAUCCAUCCCUCACAUACGAGCUACAUCCCCACCUUACGGCCUGUACUACUUCCCCUCUAUCAUCUACACAACAGAGUCUCUAGAAUAAA